CCCCACCCACACACCCACACCCCCACCCAAAAUUAUACUUCUUUUAGAAUAGGAUUAGUACGUUAGAAGUAAUUGGAGCAAUAUUGAGUUUCCAUUUAUCAAAGCAUUAGAGUGUGUGCUUUUCGGCAUUAAAUUAAUGUGGCUUAAAAUAUCACCUGUGUUUUAGAUAUAAGAAAAGAGAUACCCUCAUGAUACUGCUUCAUUUCAUCACAACCUAUAAUCAGAAUUAUGUUCUGUUAUUUCGUUUUCGUUCUUCUCAGGUAAAUGACAUUGAUUUUUAUUUUUUAUUCUUCUCACAUUUAUCAGUUUUCUAUUUUAGCAUUACAGGUUUGAUUCUUGUUUCGUUUUACAUGCCUUGCUAUUAAUUUAGUAUGUUGCUAGUUCGAGUGAAUUCCCAACUAUGUCAUGGAGUUCCUCAAUAUGAUCAAUGUUCGACAAAUAGUGCAUGCGGCUGUUUCCAUAUGGCAGGUGCUAUUGACACGGGCAUUUGCGUCUUUGAUUUAAUGGAUUGUUCUGAGCUAGUUCCAUGCGACCGUACAAACAACCGUUGUUACGAACCUGAGCAUAGAUGUGUUCAUCAUCCUCAAUGUCAUACACUUCCUGUUUGUUAUCCAGUGCCGCGUUACAAUAAAAAAGUCUGUCCACCAAUAACAAGUAAGUGAACAAACAGUUAUCUAUAGAGUCAAGUGGAUCUCGAAUCUUGCUUCAAAGUAUUUCUUCACCGUUCACACACACCACUUACAUAUGCAAUUAGUGUUGGUGUGCGAAUGGUGAAGAAGAACUGACGAUCCUUUUAAAAAAGUAGAUAAAGCGAGGCGCACACAAAAUGAAUUGGAUUUAUUGAAGAAAAGGUCUCUUUUCGUCUCAUGGAUGAUAUCUAAUAAUCUUAAAAGUAGAAUCUGUUGCAGUUCUACAGAAUAAAGUAUGAGGACGCAGUGACCGUUCGUUCCAAACACUCUACUUGAACUUUUUCCAUUAGAAAAUAGUUUUCAAAACGAAAAAUUCGCUUACCAGGCCGAUUGAUGGCGUGGCACUACUUUACAACUCUGCUUAAGAUUCACUUAAAAAUUCGAUUCACUGGUUUCUAUAUCCCAUUCUAUCCUAGACCAAUACUAUCUGUUUUGUUUACAUAAAUGUUUUAUGUUGAUGAAUAGUGACGAACACUACAAUUACAACUACAGCUACAACUACAACCGCUACUCAGCAGUGGGGUAAGCUUUACAUUAACGCAUCUUGACUUCACUUAAUGUAAUUUGAAAUCAGGUGUAUGUAGCUACUUUGCACCUAAUGUUAAUCUACAUUAGGGGUGGCGCUUUACUACUAUUGGUAAUAAGUAGUAGCGUCAUUAAUUAUUACUUAUUACCAGUAAUAAAUAAUAACCACAAAAAAAGUAAAAAAGUAAUGUACAAAUAAGAUAGUAAAAUUACUUCUAAUCAUCGAUUAGAUUUCCACUUUUUCACUAAAGCAUUAUGGCACCGUUAGAUUUCUUUUUCUCAACAUAAAUCGAUCUCAAUAUUUAUGCAUUACUGAUGGAAGAAGUAUGGUUUCUGGAUUGUGGAGAUAAAGUUUGGUUUAAAUAAUACUUCAUAAAAUUGUAGAAAGUUAACUUAGUCGCGUAAUGGGAUCUUGUUCAUGUAAAUCAAAAAGGCACUCAUCCUUUUCUUUUCUAAUUUAUACAAUUGUCAUUAUUAAUAACCUUGGACCAUGUUAGUGCAUACCAGGAUUGAAUUUUUCAAAUUUUACAAAUAUGUAAGUUUGUCUGAUAAGCUGGAUCAUUAAAUAACAAAGGACCGAUGCUUUCUUUUAGUCGUUCUCUAUAGUGUAAGACUUUUUUAUUAACAGAAAGCAGCUGUUAUGCAAAAACUAUUAUCCAUUUCAAAAUAAAAGAAGGUAACUAGUUUUCGAAUAACUUUUGACAGGAACAAGAUAGAGAUCUGUGGUUUUCACCGUGUAAAAGAGGCGAUCAAAUUGCAUCGAAUUACGUAUGUAAGAUUUUUCUGACAAGUCUCUAAAAAACAAAACAUUAUGUAAAGUAAAAAUUUUGAGAUUUUAAUUUUCAGGACUCCACUAGAAUCGCUACCUAAAGAUCAAUCAAUUAUGUAAGCUCGAUGUUAUUAGCUUUAGCCAAUCAUUAGUUAUAGACAUUUUACUGGGGUUCUCGGCCGAUUUUUCACCGAAAAUCAGAUUUUUUUCCCUUAUUUUUUGAUAGAAAGUCAUCUUAACCACCUGUCAAAAGCUUUGAUGUUUAAAAAAAAACUUGACGGUGGACUCUAAGGAAAUUUGUCGAAAAAAUCUGACACAUAUGAUUCGAUGCAGUUUCAUCGCCUCUUUUAAACGGUGAAAGCCACAGACCACUAUCUUGUUCCUAUCAAAAGAUAUUCCAAAAUAUAUUCACCCUUCUUUUAUUUUGAAAUAGACAAUAGCAUGUAUUUUUCUUUUUAUUAGCUAAUUAAAACAAAUUAAAUUCGUUUCUUUUUGAUACACAAAUAUCCAAAGUUUAUUUCUAUACCUUUUCAUAAAAUAAAAAACAAUGAAAAUGCAGCUUUGCACAUGUGUAUAUAAAGAAACCUAAUGACCUACAUAACUGAAAAAAGCUUUCAUAUUGUUUGAUAGACGUUCACUACAGAAUAAAACUGGAUUACUUGAUUGAAAAGAGAACCAUUAUUGAAUUAAUUGUAAGAUGAGUAACUACAUGGGAUAUUACCUCCAGUUCCAGAGUUCUCAAAAACGGCGAAAAUGUAACUGUUGAAGAGUUAAAGUUCAAAGAAUUGUAACUGAUGACCUGGUUCUUUAUAGAAAAACAACUAUUGUAUGAAAAAGUGAUGUUGAUUGAUAUUUUGCUUCAUCUGUACUUAUGUUUUAUCGGACAAAGAGUUCUCGAAAAGACUUGCACGCAAUACAAUGAAGCAAAGCUGUCGAUUUACAUCGCUUUUCAAUACAGAGAACCAAGUAUUUCAUAUAUAGGGUACAGUUCUGUUGCACUUGAACUGUUUGAUCGGAACAAUUCUUUGAACUAUACUCGAAGUUUCAUAGACUUAGUUCUAUAUCACUGUGAAUUCGACAUUUGAAUUCAAAUCGAGAGAGAUAACGAAAUUUGUCAGAGCUCUUUUGAAAAAGUUUUAUUAAAUAAUAUGAAUGUUGCGAUUUGUCACUUUAAACCGAUUACCUAUUAAAAUGAAAUUUUAAACACAAAUCUUGCAUAAAUCUCAAAAAUCUAUGCUAUCGUAUCGACGACUCUCUCGGUUGUUAUGUAUUUGAUCGAAACAGUCCCGUCCAUUUUGUGUCAGUAAGGACCUAUAUGUAAUUCUAGUGACAUCAGCACUUGUUUCCUUAAAUAAAUCAUAUGAAUGUUAUUGUUGUGUCUUGACGAUUUUACACAAAAUCUAAUGAAAAUUUUUCGAGACAAAGCAGAAAAUAAUUUCUUUUCUUUUGACUCAUGGUAAGGCAUAAGUGUCGAACUCCAAAUUGAGCGUCGUUUUCAAUUGAUAAGAUUUUUCUUUCUAAAACAAAUUUCUUCAAUCAUUUCAGACAACAACUAUUGAGUAGUUUUUGUGAUUAUUCUUCGAAAUGUCUGAUUUCUCUGAAAUUUUUUUGUUUACUCAAUCAGCAAGCAUACAUCAUCGUUGUGGGAAAUCGGUGCACAGCAACUGAUCGAAAAUUCUCAUAAAGAGAAGCGAGAGUGUAGUCUAUUCAGGUCAAUUCAAUAAACACCGAUUAAGAUUUGAUAAAACUAUCAGUUAUCCCGUCAAGAGUUAAUAUUACCUCUAGUUCUUGUGUCAUGAAAUGUGAAGUUUUUUCAUUCUUGAUUCGUCGAAUUUUGAUCCUGAAAAGCAACUAAAUGUUGCAUGCUUUUCUUCUCUCCACAAACACUCCUAGCGACAUAAAAUUUGAUAAUGAGUCUCGAUAAUCCUUAGAUAGAACUAUUUCAUUGUCAAUGCAACAAGUAGCACAUCUACCUCAUUCGACAAUGUAAUCUUGAUCAGUUCUCAGUUCACAAAUAUUUACACUAUAUAUUAUUUCAGAACCGCAAAAUUUUUCUUUUUUCGCUCCCUCUAGUAAUCAAUUUUAAAGUCGUAAGAGUGUUAUCGUGAUUACUAGUUCGACAUUUUCAUUUGAUGAUUUAAAAUCACAUUUUAAAUCAAAGUUCUUUUUUUCUGCUCAAUUCAUCAUUAUCUUUGUUGUUGUUCUACUUUUUCUCUCGCAACUCUGAAGACUUCCUUGUCAUUUGUGUUCUGUACACUAUCUAAGCCAGAAAAAUAGUUUUUAUCGCCGGGAUCAUUUUUGUCUGUUUACAAAAAAUAUAAGUUUCUUACUGACUUUCUCAAUACAAAUAAUUUAUGAUAAUUAUUAGGUAAUGACUUUAUUUCACGAAAAUUAGUGGGAAUUUUUUUUCUGCUUUCAUUGAUUCAUGUUUAUUAUGGUUCUCUAUGUCAAAAAUCAUUGAAUAUUCAUUUUUCUACAGCUCAUAAUCGAGAUAGUUCACAAUCUUUUUUUCUAAGAAAAAAUCUUCUCAUUGGUUCAUUAAUGUAUUGAUGAAAAAAGGAUUUACUGUAAAAACGCUGCAAGAAAAAAUGUCGAAAGUGCUUUUAAUCCAUCCUAAUCACGCACAUCGACACUGUUUGUAUACGCUACAGCAAGACAUGUUGUACUUUUACAUCAUUAGUAUGUGUUUAACCUGAGUUAUUAUUAUUUUCGACAUUUUUUACGUCGAUAUUUUCUCUUUCGGCGGUUUUACAUUAAACCGAAAAAAGACACUUGUGUUUCUGUGAUGAACGUGAGUAUUUUCCCCAAUCAAUGGUUAGGCUAAAAAACAUUCGGACACUUUAAAAAUUUGCAUAAACGAAAUACCAAUGUGAGCAUUAUAGUUACAGUAGUAGUCACUGUAACAAAAGUUGAUUUUUCCAUUCCGAAAUUCCUAGCAAUAAGUAUAGUUAGAAAGCGUAUGAAAUAGCUAAGUUGAAACAAAAAUAUUUUUUGAAUCAUUUUUUAUAAAAGCGGCGCGAGUGCAAUGAAAAGACUUUGCAUUUUCCAAUGUGAACUGCUAUAGAUCCUUCUCAUUCGUGAUCAUCGUCAAUUAUUUUGACGCACGUGUAUAUUUAUAAACAUGCUAUGUCAAACAAUCAAUCAUCAAACGUAAAACUAAAAGUGUAUAGGAAUCAAAAGUACAACAUAUAUGAGAUCUCUCUUUAUAUUGAGUAUUAAAAUGAACAAAUGUAAUGGGCUACUCUCUCAUUAUAAACAAGCAGCUUGUAGGAGUGCAUGAGAGUCUAAAAUCUUGAUAUAGUCUUGUGGUUUCUUUUCUUGAAUAAAACAGAAUCUGAGCUAAGCUGGGUGUCCGUCCGAUAACGAUUGAAGAAACAUGUUAUGACAUAUUCAGACCUCCUUCCUUAGAUUCAUUUUUUAAGCAGAAAACCUUACUCCCUCACCCUCACCCUCACCCUCAAGAUAGUGUGCGUACGUAAGUACGAGAAUUAUUGACACACAACUAGAGAGGAUGACGAAACUGGUCUCGAAAAAAUCUCAGUUUUUUUUCUGAAUUUUCAGCUGUUCACACUUCAAUUGUUUAUCAUCAAAUACUUACAAAUAACGGUCGAUGCCACCACCACAUGCAUAAAGAAUAGAAUAUUAUCGAUCUCUCAGUAUUUCGUCAAAGUUUCACUAUAUUCUUUAGAUUUGAAUCUUUUAAAAUUGAUGAAAAUCGCUUUUUUCAUUUCGAAAUUUUUUUCAAAAUAUCUGCUGCAGUUUUUUAAUAUCCACGUAUCGGACAGAAGUGGGACUACAACAUUCUAUCAUUUGGAAUUCUAUGCGGGAUUUCUCUUUACGAGUCACCCUGAAAAAAUGCUCUCCAACUGAAUGUAAACUGUGCCAAGAAAUUGACUUUUUUUCAAAAUCCUGGCCAAUCAAUAGCAUUGCGACAAAAAAUUAACGCAUAUGAAGUAAAGCAUGAAAUCACUGAUGAAUUCAGUCCACUAAUUAGUCUUGUUUUCUCUCAUUCAUUGAAAUGAAACAAAGUCGAACUUUCAAGAGCAUGCUUUAUUUUCUCCAAGGGUUCGUCAAUGGAUGAGUCGUUUUUGUCAGGUUUUCCCACAAACGAAAGAAAUGUUAGCUUGAAAUCUAGAGCAGUGUAUGUAUUGAGUUUCAGUAAUACCGUAGUAGCGGUUGUUUGACGAAAAUAUCAUCGAUGAUUAUAUACAACUCUAUUGAAGGAACAAUAUUGUGCGUUUUCAAGAGCUACACAAAAUGUCGAUUUCAUUUUUUUUCUACUUAAUAGUAGCUCAUAAAAAAAAAGAAAAAAUACUAAGAAGAAAUGAUUUUCUCCGAAUUGGAGAGGGAAAGAGAUGGGUUUUCCUUUGACACACACGCUGGUUGCCUCCCUCUCUAUCGUUCCUCAUUGAUCAUUUCUCUUCGUUCAGCAAAGAAUUUGACUCGAGGAAAAUAAACUUGUAGAGAAUCCAUAACUUUGUUGGAUAGAUACUCAACGAGGAUAAAGAACAGAAACGUGUGCUGACAAUUAGAUGAAUGAAGGAAGGGACGAACAACAAAAUAAAAUGAAACAAUAUUUCUAAAUUCUGAUAGACAUCAUCCACCCCCACCCUCAAAUUACAAGGAUUCCAGUUAGUGUAUGUAUUGCAAUUCCAUAGAAUUCAGCAACAUCAUGCCUCACUCCUAUUCACUCAACCCUCCAGACAAAAUCACCCCGUUUUUAAACUUUGUUCUCUCUCUUUUCUCUAUGUCUUCUGUCUCUUAUUGUGACACUUAUUUUUUUCUGUUUUAAGUACCACUACGAGCACCUGCUAUUGACAUUGAUCCGAAUGCAAAAUGGGCUCAGAAUGGUCUUACUGUAGCUGGAGGAAAUGGACAAGGCACUGGAAUUAAUCAACUCUCUGGCCCAUGGGGUUUAUAUGUCGAUGACGAUCAAAGUGUUUAUGUCGCUGAUCGGGGUAAUCACCGUAUUGUGGAAUGGAAAUAUGGUGCAACGACUGGCCAAGUGGUUGCCGGUGGAAAUGGACACGGAAGUGGAGCUCAUCAGUUGAAUGACCCAGUAGAUGUGAUUGUUGACAAAGAGAGAGAUAGUCUCAUCAUCUCUGAUUAUGUCAAUAGAAGAGUGGUUCGAUGGCCUCGUCGAAAUGGGACAAGUGGAGAAACGAUCAUCUCGAACAUCGCUUGUGUGGGUUUGACAAUGGACGAGAAUGGAUCUCUCUAUGUCAAUGACGAGGGAAGAGCUGAAGUGAGACGAUAUCGAAGAGGAGAAUCUCAAGGAACAGUGGUUGUAGGUGGCAAUGGAGAAGGAAAUCGUCUCGAUCAACUCCCUGGCCCACAAUAUGUAUUUGUCGAUCGAGAUCAUUCAGUGUACGUGUCUGACUUGGGAAAUCAGCGUGUGAUGAAAUGGAUGGAAGGUGCAAAACAAGGCGUUGUCGUGGCUGGUGGUCACGAAGCAGGAAAUAAUCUUACACAAUUGUAUUAUCCGCAAGGAGUCCUUGUAGAUCAAUUGGGCACUGUCUAUGUGGCUGAUAAAUGGAAUCAUCGAAUCAUGCGUUGGCCCAAAGGAGACACACAGGGAACUGUCAUUUUGGAUAGAAACGAUGAAGGAGGACAAUCGAAUCAAUUCAAUCUGCCCCUCGGUUUGUCAUUCGAUCGACACGGCAAUCUCUAUGUCGUCGAGAAUGGCAAUGCUCGUGUUCAACGCUUUGCUAUCGAACACAAUAAUUAA